AUGGAGGACAUACGGGAAACCCGGGUUCGGAUCGGGAUCGGGAUCGGGAUCUUCAACCCGGAACCAUCAAACACCGGAGACAAUAUUGAACUGGGAAAUGAUAUGGAAAACAGUAAAGUGGGGGCACAAAAAGUGGGGGUUUCUCAAAUGGUGGAUUAUGAAGUGGAGGCUGGUAAAAUGGUGGCUUAUAAUAAAGUGGGUGUUUCUCAAAUGGUGAAUAAUAAAAUGGGGGUUUCUCAAAUGGUGGAGUGUGAAAGGAGGGUGUUUUCUGUAAUGGAGACUUGUAGAGUGGUGGGGUUUGAAUGGGGGGUUGAGAAAUGGGAGAUGGUGGCUCAACAGGAGGGUUGUAGAGAGGUGGGUUGGCAUAGUGAGCAAGUGCUUGAGGGGACUGAAUGA